CUCCACUUCCGGUGCAGAGCUAAACCAAUCGUGCGCAUGCGUAAACUCACCGGCGUACACAAUGGACCUGGACCUUCGCGUUUUUGUCUUCCAGAUGUGAUCGCUUUGAAAAUAACCGAGGAUAUAUGUUGUAGGAAUCUGUAGCCAUGCACCGGAGCUGACAGCAACCAAAAAGCGACAUUCUGUGCGUAAAAACAAGCCGAAAGUGUCCCUGUAUUCUGAGAUGCCCUUUACUCCGCCGUGUUGUGUCACUACGGUGUUGGGUUGAUGCCAUUGUCCACUAACAGUAAACAGAAGUGUCCGCGAGCAAAGGGGCAAAGAUGGCAGAGGUGAGCCUAGCCAAGCGGAAGGAGAAGUGUGAAAAUUGCACUAAACAGUGCAACAAGAAGCAGACAGAAGAUGGCAACAGCUCAAACCACAACAACACAAUAGCAGCUGAACAGGUGAGGGAACCUGGCCAGCUGCUGUUCAGUGCGUGCCUGUCCUGUGACGGCUGUCUGUCUGAGGAGGAAACACUCAUGAUCUCACAGCAGAGUCUGGAGGAUCUGCACAGGGUGUUGGCUCUUAAUAAGAAAUGUGAUGCGUCCAAACAUAAGGUCCUGGUGGCCUCAGUCUGUCCACAGUCUCUGCCAUUCUUUGCGGUCAAGUUCGGACUGGACAUCGGCGAGGCGGCCCGAAAACUGUGUGGGUUCUUAAAAAGUCUAGGCGUAGCACAUGUCUUUGAUACCACAGUGGCUGCAGGCUUCAGUAUAUUGGAAAGCCAGAGGGAGUUUGUUUCCAGGUACCGUCGGAGGAGCCACGACAGCAACACCCUACCCAUGUUCACCUCGUCCUGCCCAGGGUGGAUCCGGUAUGCAGAGCGCGUCCUGGGCAGCCUGGUGACCCCUCACAUCUGCACUGCCCGCUCCCCUCAGCAGGUCAUGGGCUGCCUCAUCAAGGACUACUUCUGUAAACAGCAGAAACUGAACGCAGAGAAGCUCUACCAUCUGGUGAUCGCUCCAUGUUUUGAUAAGAAGUUGGAGGCGGUGAGGGAGGAGUUUUACAACAGUCUGUUAGAGAGUCGUGACGUCGACUGCGUCCUCACAUCAGGUCAGAUCUAUGGGUUGAUGGAGCAGAGGCAGGUGACAGUGGAGGAGCUGGACUCAUCUCCACUGGACCACAUUCUGGGAGAGAGCUGUGAGGUGGACCUGCACAGACAUGAGGGCCGUGGCUCAGAGGGCUUCCUGGAGCACAUCUUCAGACAUGCUGCCAAAGAGCUCUUCGGUCUGGACGUGCACCAGAUCACCUACAAGACGCUCAGAAACCGAGACUUCCAGGAGGUGACUCUGGAGCGGGAUGGGGAGGCUCUGCUACAGUUCGCUGCAAUCUACGGCUUUAGAAACAUUCAGACUCUGGUGCACCGCAUGAAGAAAGGCCGUGUGCCCUACCAGCUGGUGGAGGUGCUGUCCUGCCCCGGAGGCUGCCUGAGCGGUCGGGGACAGGCUGAAUCAGAAGAAGGCCGUAUCGACAAAGGCCUGGUGCAGCAGAUGGAGGAAGCCUACACCAGUCUGCCCGUCCAACUCCCCGAACUCAACCCAGCCAUCCACACCCUCUAUCAAGACUGGCUCCAGGGACACGACUCCCCUCACAGCAACGCACUGCUCCACACCGGAUAUCGCACCAACAACCUCCUGCACCCGCAGCCCCCGCACAUGCAGUGGUGACCCAUAAGAACUGUGGCAGAGCAAUAACCUGGAAUUACAUCAUGGUACAUCAUUGUAAAAUUACAUUUUAAUUAUGGAUUUUGGAUUUUCAUUGCGUCAUUGCAAAUUUUCUUUUUUAUGGAUAAAGCUGCACCAUGUAACUUUUCUGAUAGGAGUAUUCCACCUGCUUGUCUCCAUGGGAAUGUUAUUGCUUUGCUGGGAAUGUUUCAAACUAUGGCAUUUAAUUGUGUAUCUUCCCUGUAUUCAUUACGUUGUUUUUUUUUUUUUUUUAUUGUUAGGAAAUACUUUGAAAAAUAUGCAUUGUUUCUGUGAGCGGAGUCGCCUCUCCACAGAUCUGACCAUACUGUGAAACAUUCCAAGCAAAGCACUAACAUGUCAUGACAGGCCAAAAUAAAACAUGGUAGUUUAAAAUGCGUAUGACAGGGUAGACCGCUCAUGUCAAUAAAACAUUUAUUUUCAUUUUGGUAAAUAAAUUUACUUCCUUGUUGGAGCAGCAGAUAUGAGGCUGGCAGAGGUUAAUCUUUUAACUGUUGCCUUGCAAACAUGAUGCUGACACCUGCCAAAUCGAGAUUGCACAGUAGAUUUGUUUGGACAAGGAAGGCAUUUUUCUGACAGUUUAACCUUUCAUUUAACAAAAUAAGGCGUUGCUGCAAGUAGGAUGGAAUGUCGUGUGUUGACAUGGGUAGAAGUAUUCCAGUUUAGCACAGGUACUAUCUCACCAGACCAAGUAAUAAUUAAACAAACCUGUCAUAUGCACUUUAAAGAGCCAGUAUGAUGCUAUUUUCUGAUCUAUGUUAUGUUGUUUUCUCAUCACAAACAUACCUCCUAUACAGCGAUAGAGCCUCCUGCCCUCCGCCUGAAGUUAUAAUGUAUUCUUCCAUUCAGCCACUAGGCGGUGCUGCUGGUAUUCUCAAAGGGACACAGACCUGUUUCUGAGCCUCACAGAACACAAAGAAGACUUAAAGUGGGUAUCAUGCAAUGUGAUCCAAUAAUAUGUAGCUAAAAGGAUCCAGUGGAAUUUUAUAAUGUAAACUGGAAUCAUGCAUUAAAACCGUAAAUGCAGUUUUGAAUUGUAUAUUGUAGCUUUAUUUAUUUUAAUUUCGAAGAUUAAAUUGCAUAUAUUACACUGUUUUCUGAUCUAUGUUAUAAUGUCCUCAUCAAAAACAGACCUGGAGUUGUGUUUUGUUUCAUUCUCUCAUGUUUAACGCACAAAUUCUGCGUAUUUAGGCUGAGUUCUUCUCUCAAACGGAAAACACUGUUCCACCUUGUGAUGUCAUGUGGUGAUACAGGAAGUGCUCCUCUGUGUUUUUAAAUUCCACACACCUUCAAUAGAAUCAUUUGGAUCAUUUCAGCCCUGGAAUUGCCAAUCUCUACUGAACUAAAGGUAAAAGGAGCUGUUAACUUGAAAACUACUGCUACAUAACAUCACAAGGUGGGACAGUGUUUUCCAAGAAGAACUCAGCCUAAAUAUGCAGGUUUUGUGUGUUAAAUGUGUGUGAAUGAAGCAAAACACAGCUCCAGAUGUGUGUUUGAUGAGGUAACAACGUUAUAACAUGGCAUAAACCUCACAAGAGUCCAUUUUGUGUAAUACAGGA